AUGGAAGAUAUUAUUUUUCAUUGUCUAUCGAAAUUGCCUGAAGACAAUAGAACGAAGGAGAUGAUAAGGAAGUUUAGAGACAUAUUUUCAACUACACUUUUUUCUAGUCGAGAGAAAUCAGAAACUAUUAAGGAGAGAACUGAAGUCAAAGCAGAUAGAGAUGAAGAGCUUAAUAAAACAAACAUUUCUGAUUUUGAUGAUGAUAAAGAUGAAGGAAUGAAUACAAAGUUGGUUGCAUUUUUAGCUGUUAAACCAUUACAACAGAAGUUUCCAGAGAAUGAAGAAAGACAAGAAGAAGAUCAAAAUAUGAAUGUUGACGACCCAAUAAAUUUGGGUUUAGAGAAUAAUAUUGGCGAGGAAACUAUUAGACAUCCGCACAAUCCAGAAAGACAAAUAGAAUUUGAAGGCAUAAAUGUUGAUGAAAAAAUAAAUUUGGCUUUAGAGGUGAAUAAUAUAGACGAAACUGUUGUAAAGAAGAAUUUAGAAGAGAAUGUUGAGAACAAAAAUCUUGUUGAGGGUGGUGAAAUGAUUGGUGGGGAGAAAAUUAGGGAGGGGAAUAUUGUAGAGAAGGUGGUUGGAGACAACAUAGGUGAGAGCUCAAUUGUUACACCAAAACACGAUCCAAAAGGUAUGAAUAUUGUAGACAAGAUGGUUGGAGACAACAACAUAGGUGAGAGCUCAAUUGUUACACCAAAACACAAUCCAAAAGGUAUAUCUAUUGAUUUUUCCCCUUGGUCUGAUUCAUUCAUAGAAAAAUUAGAUGAGGAUUUGUUUAGAAUAUUCUCAAACGGAAAUCCAUAUUCAAAUACAAUUCCAAAUCCAGUUGUCAAAUCUCCUGUUCCAACAAAACUAACAUUUGAAAAUUCAGAAUUUCCUUCCUUUGAUCUUCAAAUAACCCAAUUAAUGACAGAUGCAGAAACUGGUUAUAAUUCUGAGGGUAAUGAUGAAGAUGGAGAGUUAGAAGGGAAUGAAGAACAUAUUUUAGAUGAGAAAGGGAAAAAGGGUCAGAAUGUGAAUGAAAGAGGGAAAAGGAAGGGAAAUGUUGUUUGA